GCGAAACAUGAGCGACGGAGUUGUCUGCUGAUCCGUUGAUCCUGCCAUUUUGUCGACGCGUCUCUGCCAAGAGUGCGAAAUGCUGGUAUAACGGCGACAUGGAGACGCUCUACACCGGCGCAAUUCAUGGUUUUCCGCAACCCGGCGGCGGAAUAGCUAAUGGCGUUUCCACGGGAAUCGCAAGUUCCUUCGACCAAGACGGCGUGCUCAGCCUCAUCGUCGUUCUCGGAGGAAGCCUGUCUCUGGUGGCCCUGGUGUUUGCGUUCAUCACCUAUAGCCUCUUCUCUGACUUGAGGAGCCUGGCAGGAACAACCCUAAUGAAUCUUUUGGCAGCUCUUUUCAUGGUUCAAUUGUUGUUCAUCGUAGGCGCUGGAGGAGUACAGGAUUCGGAACUCUGCAUUUCGCUCGGUCUGAGUUUGCAAUAUCUUCGGGUAUCGGUGGUCUGCUGGUUGGCGGCGAUGUGCCAUCAUCUGUACGCUACCGUAGCGUCGCUGCCGCGUCGCGACGACCCACCGACGUACAUGAAGUAUAGCCUGUUUGCCUGGGGCGCGCCGUUGAUCAGUCUCGUAGCGGCGGCUCUUUUGCAGAGUCGUGAAAGUCAUAAUUUCUGGGAUGUUGUUGAUCUCACUCCCUUCAAUUGCUGGUUUCUAGGAGCCACAGCGACAGUUUACGCGUACGGUUUACCAGUCGUUCUGCUGCUAGUAAUUUCCGGUUACUACCUCGUCAAGGCUGCGAUCGUAUCAAGGUACACGUGCAGCAUGCAACUCGAGAUAAAACAACGUGAGAAGAUGAAGAGGAGGCGGACGUUGCAGCUGAUGCUUUUCCUGAAAGUCAGUUUGAUCAUCGGUGUGGUGGCCGGUUGCGGGGUGGCGUCCAGAGUCUGGAAAAUUCCCUUCCUAUGGGCGGUUUUCUGUACGGGUCAUUCUCUUCAGGGAUCGGCAGUGGCACUCUCCGUCGCGUGUAACUGCAGGGUCUUGAAAGUCUACGCCAGAAAAUCGCACAAACACCCGGAACAUCAGAUUGCAAAAUCAAGCAGUAGCAUGCAACUGCUUGCACCUGCGCCUGAUCCGGUUUAGGCGAUCUUCGGAAUGGAACGGACAGGAAACGAAGAGGAAAACCAACGAGUGGCGACGGCUGGUGUCUCUCUCUUUGCGAGCUAUAACUAUUUUUACAUCGAAAAUGUGCUGACAUUUUUCUCUUAACUUUGCCGUUUUUCUCUGUGACCAUUUUCCUCCGUGACGUGCGUUUUCAGUUUCAACCUCGAUAGCUUCAACCAUCCUGCAGCACGACACCUUUUCGUUGUUCUGGGAUAGGUAGGAAACUUUCAGAAAACUUGUAAUUUGUGGAAAUUGAAAUUGGCAUACAAAAGAAGAAAAUAAAAAAUGUCUAAAACUA